AUGGCACAUGGGGCACAUGCCAUCGCGCCGGGGCGAAGCGAGCACGACAAGGCGGUCAUGGCAGUCGAGCUUGCGCAUAGCGCAAGCGAGACUUUGACACGACCGAGUCGGCGUGGAGAGAGGGAAAACGACAAGGACGAAGAGAAGGGAGAUGGAGAUGGAGAUGGAGAGAGGAACGAGGACCGAUAUCGACCUCGUGGGCCGGCUGGGCAGGUGGCGGACCUGCUCUAUUUGGUGCUGUCCAUGAUGCACCUUUGGUUGGUCUAUGAGCAGUCAACCACGACUAGAACAGAUGGAAGCCUUUUUCUUUUACUUUCGGGCUUGCAGGUGUCUUUGGCCUUUGAAGUUUGUGUCUAUGCAGCCGGUGGCUUCGCGAUGCAAUCCAAGCUCUUGGAAACGGCUGGAAGAAUCCGGCUUUUCCUGGGAGCCACUGCAUGGGUGUGGUUGUUGCCGUGGGCAGCUGAGCUUCAUUGCCGCUGCGGGCCGUCCUCACCUACUGCCAUCUUGGCCACACAACAAGGCUAUAGCUUGGCCUGGUUCGUGACGGGCUUUUUUGCUUUGCGAGAAGUGUGUGUUUUCGUGCGGGGUGAGCCGCCAUCAGCUUUGGACAGGUCACAGCCACACCAAUUUGGCGAUUGUUUGCCGAGCAAUGCCGUUCUGGGUGGGCAAUUCCGCUUAGACAAGGCGGAGCUUGAAGAGACCGGCAGGGCAGUCUUCGUUCCAUCUCGACCACGUGUUGGACUUGAUUUGUCUUCUGGCCUAGCUUUGGUGGCUCAUUUGGCGGCUGCCUUGGCUUUGAACCGAGGAGACCGGAGACCUUGGUCCGAGCCCAACCACUACUCGGGUGACUUCACGUCGACCGAAGCAGCGACAGAGCACCGUGGCCUUGGGGUCUCAGUGUGGUUGCUGGGUGGCCUCGGAGCCUUGCUUUGUCGCAGGUUGGCGGCAUUUUGGACCACUUGCAAAGGUGGAACUACAUUCCACGAGGUGCCACGUUUAUUGUGCCGAGCCGGCGAAUUCUGGUGGUUGCUUUGUUCUUUGUGGCAGCUGCAAGAAUGUGAGACUCAAGCGAACGGUGCACUCCCACAGUGCGCAUGA